UCGAAUAAACUGAUAAAGUAUUCCCGUUAAUAUCGGAAAAUUCUUUAUCUCUAAAUACAAAGAAAAGUAAUUUCUUGAUCGUGAGCGCUUUGAUGAAUUCAAAUAAUUUUUGCCCAAUAGGGUUUCAUAAUAUAUUUUUAUUUUACCAAUACAAUAUGUCAUUAUUUUAUAAAUGCAUUUAUAUAAUAAUGCUUAUGCAAUAUAAUAGUGUUAAUAGUAUUAAUAUUGAUAGUAAUAACUUAUUAUUAACAUAUUUAACACCAAUUAGACAACAACAAUCACAGCAUUAUGAACAGCAAGAACAACCUAAAAUUGGUUAUGAAAGUUAUCAAAGAGACGAUAAUUUAACUUUUAUAUAUAUAAGUGAUCCUUUAGCAGUUAAAAGGAAUAUAACUAAUAAUAAUGUUUUAUUAAAUGUAAAUAAAAUUGAUAAUCCGUUUGAAAUUAUAUAUCAAUGGAAAUAUUUAGAUUUUGAAUUUAAUACAUAUCAGAGACGUAAACUGGCGAUAUCAAGAAGUGAAUACAUACCAGAAAAUAAUUUACCACUUGGUAUUGAUAUAUCAUCAGAUCGUAUAUUUGUAACAACACCAAGAUGGAAAGAUGGUGUACCAGCUAGUUUAAAUUUUUUACCGAAGAAUCCAAAUGAAUUGAGUCCAUUAUUACAACCAUAUCCAAAUUUAGAUGAACAUGGUGAUCCAUAUAAUCCAGACUGCAAUAAAUUGAUAUCAGUUUACAGGACACAAAUUGAUGAAUGUGGUAGAUUAUGGUGUAUUGAUUCUGGUAUUGUAAAUGCAACUGUAAAUCUAAAUCAAAUAUGCCCGCCGAAAAUUGUUGCAUACGAUUUGAAUUCUAAUAAAAGAGUAGUAAACUACAAUUUACCACCAGAACAGAUUAAACAAGAAUCGCUUCAUUCAAAUAUUAUUGUCGAUAUUAGGGAUGGUAUUUGUAAUGAUGCAUAUGCUUAUGUAACUGAUGUAUGGCGUUAUGGCAUCGUUGUUUAUAGUUUAGCGAGAAAUCAAAGCUGGCGUACAACAAAUCAUUUUUAUUACCCAACACCAGAAUAUAGUGAUUUUAAUGUAUAUGGAUUAAAUUUUCAAUGGCCUGAUGGUGCAUUUGGUAUGAGUUUAUCACCAGCUAAUGGGUAUAAAGAUCGAUUACUAUUCUUUCAUCCGAUGGCAAGUAAUAAAGAAUUUGCAGUAUCAACAAAUAUUCUUCGUGAUGAAUCAUUAUGGCUUCCAGGUGGCUCUGGUGCACCUAAAUCAGUUAUACAAAUUGGUAAUCGAGGUUUAAAUGGACAAUCUUCAACAUCUGGUAUUAGUAAAAAUCAAAUAAUGUUCUUUACAUUAGUUCAUCGUGAUUCAGUUGGAUGCUGGGAUAUAAACAAGCCAUAUACUAAACAGAAUUUAAAUAUUAUUGCACAAAAUGAUUCUGGUAUUGUAUUUCCAAAUGAUUUAAAAAUUGAUAAGGAUAUUAAUCAAAAUGUUUGGAUAAUAAGUAAUAAAUUACCGAUAUUUUUAUAUUCUCAAUUAAAUUAUAAUGAAAUCAAUUUUAAAAUAAUGCGAGCUAAUAUUAAUAAUGCAAUUAAAAACACAAUAUGCAAUCCAAAUAUACCAGCAAUACAAAAUGUUGAACCGGAAUAUGAAGAAUGCUUUUGAGAAAAAAAUUUAAUAAAAUAAACAAAUUUGCUUUUAAAUGUUUUUUAUGUAAUUAAUUUCAUUAAUUUAGCCUAUUUAGAUGUAUGUAUAAUAUGUAAAUGAAUAGUGUAUAAAUUUGAAUAAUAAAAAGAAUUAUAAUGCUA